AUGCCACCGCGCCUCACGGCACUGCCGCUGCCCUGCCCGGGGCGGCCCGCCGCGCAGGGCGUCCCCGACGUGUGUAGCGUGCGGCUGGGGCUGCAGGAGAGGAGCUGGUACUCCGGCGGGGUGCAGACUUACAUGCAGGGCAACGAGGGCCACGUGCAGGGAAACCUCGGACUCCGCAACCUGGCGGGCGCGUGCGAGCAGUGGCGGCUGACAGGGGAGUACGGCCACCGCAACAGCUUCGACUUCCAGGGGCUCUUCAGGCUGCCGCGUGCGGGGGGCGGCGACUGGACGCCGGACGUGAGCGCUUUCCGUCGCAGCACAAAUCACGGGGUCGACAGCAGCUUCGCCGACACCAUGCGCGGCGCAGAGCUGGGGGUGACGCGGGCCGACGGCACCAGCCGGCUGUCAUACACCUGGGGGUGGCGCAGCCUCGCGGCCGCCAAGAACGCGAGCCGGCCGGUGGCGGCGCAGCGCGGGGAUUUCCUGAGCGAUGCGCUGCGCUGGAGCCACGUGGUGGACGAGAGGGACAGCGCUACGGUGCACACAGAGGGCUGGGGCGCCCGCGUGGCGUCAGAGCUGGGGGGCCUGUUCCCCGGGGCGCGUCACCGCUACGCCAAGCAGCGAGUGGACUGGGUGUGGGCGGCGCCGCUGGGCGGGGGCGUCGCGCUCAACGUCAACCUUGGGGCCGGUGUGAUAUGGAGCCUUGACGGCGCAAGCCAACUCGCGGGCGGCAGCAGUGACCGCAGCCGCUCAACCAGCCGCGGCGGCACCCCCGAGCCGCGCCCCCCGCAGCCGACCGCCCCCCGCCCCCGGCCCGGCGGCGAGGCGGCCCCCCUGUCGCCGACGCCGCUCGCCGAGCGCUUCUUCCUCGGCGGCUCCGACAGCGUCCGAGGCUUCGCGUACCGCGGCCUUGGGCCCUCCGCCGAGCGGCGGCGCGGCAGGGGCGGCGGCGACGGCGGCGACGGCGGCGGCGCGGCGGCGGCGGCGGAGGACCCGGGGCGGGACGCGCUCGGAGGGGAUGUGUUUGGCAGCCUGUACGCCGGCCUCGUCACGCGGCUGCCCGGGCAGCUUGGGGACCUCGGCGGCUGCGCCCACGCCUUUGUCAACGGCGGCAGCGCCGCGCUGCUCUGCGGCGCCGCGUACGGCGGCGCCAGGCGCGCCGAGGGCGCCGGCGCCGCGCCCGAAACCACGCCGCUGGCGGCGCUGGGCGGUGCCGUGCGGCGGCGCGCGGGCGAGCUCGCGGCGACCUGCAGGUGGUCGGCUGGCCUGGGUCUUGUGCUGCCGACGCCUUUCGGGCGAUUUGAAGCGAACUACGUGUGGGUGCUUGCGGCGCAGCCCGGGGACUACCCCAAAGCCGGGCUGCAGUUUGGAUUUGCGGCAAGCCCCAUCACGCCGGUUGGGCCGUGA